CUCACAUACUCCUCUUCAAAUCCAACGCUCAGUUUCUUGUUUUGAUGCCCGAAAGGCUAUUUUCUGGCUGCGUUUUUGGGGGUUUUUACUCCAUUUUGGAUAAAUUGUUGAUUGUUGUUGUUCCAAGGUUGUUCCUAGAUGAUUGUGUGUGCCUCUAGUGUUUACUAGAGAGGAGAACUUGUUGUACCCACUUGGUUCUUGGUGAUUAGUGGAAGUUUGGGUGCCGUCAAUGAGCGGUCGUGGUUUUCUCCCCGAUUUGAGGUUUCCACGUAAAUCGUGUGUUCUUUACUUUAUUUCCGUUGGUAUUUAUUUGUGGUGGUGGUGCUGAUUUUUGGAGUAUAUAGUGCUUUGAUGUUCAUCUCAUUUAUUUGGGGAAAAGAUUUUAUACGCUUCCGUUGUGUUUUGUUCCGUGCUUCCCCAACAAAGUGGUAUCAGAGCUUGAUUAUUUUUUGGUUGGCUUCUUGUGUUGUUUAUGAUGGAUGACAAAGUAAUUGUUCAAGGAAUGGUUAACUUGGACUCUGCGAAUUAUUCAAUUUGGAAAAUUCGUAUUGAAGAUUAUUUAUGCUCUAAAGAUUUGCUUGACCCAAUUUUGUAUAAAGAACGUCCAACAGGUGUUGAUGAGAAAGCUUGGACUACCUUGAACCAGAAAGCUAUUGCAUCAAUAAGACAAUAUGUUUCUUUAAGUGUGUUGCAACAUGUUGCUAAUGAAACUAAUGCUUUUGAGAUGUGGAAGAAACUUGAAUCCAUGUACGAGAGGAACAAUGCUAUGAGAAAAGCUUCUUUGAUUAGGAAGCUUGUUAAAUUGCAAUACAAAGAUGGUGAUAGCAUUGUGGUUCACAUGAACGAGUUUCAAGGUGUGGUAAACCAACUAGCCGGAACGAAGAUGAAAUUGGAGGAUGAACUUCAAGCUUUGUUGUUGCUUUCCUCAUUGCCCGACAGUUGGGAUACAUUGGUGGUUUCACUUAGCAACUCUGCUCCAGAUGGCAAGAUGACUAUGGAGAUGGUCAAGGCUAGUCUUUUGAAUGAAGACGCUAUGAGGAAAGAAUCAAGCUACCCUAGCCAAGCCGAAGAAAAUGUGAUUCUAGAAUCUAGUAGGGGGAGAAGCAAGAGCAGAAAUCCUCAUUACAGUGACAAGUCCAGGGGAGAUCCAAAUCCAGAAAAAGAGAUUUCAUUUGCCAUUAUUGUCAGAAGCCGGGUCACAUUGAGAGAUUCUGCAGAAAGAAAAAGAGGGAUAUGUCCAGGGAGAAAAGAGAUAAAAAUGAGAGUCCCGAGCAGAAGCCAAAAGAGAAGAACACUACAGCCUUGGCAUCUAGUGAUGAUAAUUUGUUUGUUAUUAGUGACCAUGGACUAUUAAAUGUAGCCUGUGAAGACUGCACCUGGGUGAUUGAUUCUGGUGCAUCUUAUCAUAUUACUUCACACAGUUGGUGCUCAGGGAUGUGAGGCACGUCCUAGAUAUCAUAUUGAGUUUGAUUUUAGCUGGUCUGCUUGAUGAUGAAGGUUAUGCCAACAAAUUUUGUGAUGGAAGAUGGAAACUCUCCAGGGGCAGUUUGAUUAUGGCUCGAGAAAUAUCAUAUUAAUUUCAAGAAAGAUCAAGAAUGUUCAAUUGAUUUAUCUUAUGGUCCGAACAUGACAAAAUAUUCUAUGAAGCCAGAUUUCAUUACUUUCUAAUGGAACAACUUGGCUUAUAAUUUUUGGGAUGAUUCAAGAUACUAUAAACCAAUGAGGAACAGUGCAUGUAGUGAGCAUGAAACAACUAAUGAAAUUAUGGCAUUUUG